AUGGCCAGUCCCCCCAAGAGGAGCUGCACGUCUCCUGCCAGCAGCUCAGAGGGGAUCCGCAUCAAGAAGGUUUCCAUCGAGGGCAACAUAGCUGCAGGGAAGUCAACUUUUGUGAAUAUCCUUAAACAAGUUUCUGAGGAUUGGGAAGUGGUUCCUGAACCUGUUGCCAGGUGGUGCAAUGUUCAAAGUACUCAAGAUGAAUUUGAGGAACUGACAGCGUCUCAGAAAAGUGGUGGGAAUGUUCUUCAAAUGAUGUAUGAGAAACCUGAACGGUGGUCUUUUACCUUCCAAUCUUACGCCUGUCUCAGUCGAAUAAGAGCUCAGCUUGCUUCUCUUAAUGGAAAGCUCAAAGAUGCGGAAAAACCUGUAUUAUUUUUCGAACGAUCUGUAUAUAGUGACAGGUAUAUAUUCGCAUCUAAUUUAUAUGAGUCUGAAUGCAUGAAUGAAACAGAAUGGACAAUUUACCAAGACUGGCAUGACUGGAUGAAUAACCAAUUUGGUCAAAGUCUUGAACUAGAUGGAAUCAUUUAUCUUCGGGCCACUCCAGAGAAAUGCUUGAAUAGAAUAUAUUUACGGGGAAGAAAUGAAGAGCAAGGCAUUCCUCUUGAAUAUUUACAGAAACUUCACCAUAAGCAUGAAAGCUGGCUUCAACAUAGAACACUCAAAACUAACUUUGAUUAUCUAGAAGAAGUGCCUAUUUUAACACUGGAUGUUAAUGAAGACUUCAAAGACAAACAUGACAGUCUGGUUGAAAAGGUUAAAGAGUUUUUGAGCACAUUGUGAUCUUGCUGAAGACUUUCAACCGCCAAAUGAUUCCAUAUAUUGCCAUUUUGUUUGUCUUUGUUUUUCUAUUUUCUUAUUGUUUGUUUUCUUUUUUGUUGUUUUUGAUUUUGGGCCACAUCUGGAGGUGCUCAGGGUUUAUUCCUGGCUCUGCACUCAAGGCUUAUUCCUGGCCUUGCUCAGGUGACCAUAUGGGAAGCUGGGGAUCAAACUGGGUGGCAGUGUGCAAGGCAAAUACCUUCCCUGCUUUGUUAUUGUACUGGCCCCUGUUAGUCCAUGUUCUUAAGAAAAUCAUAGUUUGGGGCCAGAGUGAUAGCACAUUGGCAUGGUGUUUGCCUUGCACGCAGCCAACCUGGGACGGAUCUGGGUUCGAUCCCUGUCAUUUCCUAUAGUACCCCGAGCCUGCCAGGAGCAAUUUUUGAGCACAGGGCCAGAAGGAAGUAACCCCUGAGCACUACAGGAUGUAGCUCGAAAAAAGAAAAAAAAAAAAAGAAGGAAAAGAAAAAGAAAACAGAAAAAGUAAGAGAAAACCAUAGUUUGUACAUGAAAAAUAUUUUGGGGGUAUAUGUCAUAAAAAAAUUAUUGUUUAAAAAGCAAGGACUUGGGCUGGAGAGAUAGCAUGGAGGUAAGGCGUUUGCCUUGCAUGCAGAAGGCCAGUGAUUCGAAUCCCGGCAU